CUUUAAAUAUUGAAUACACGGAAAGUAAAAAUUAGAUUUAAAUAUACACUUUAUAAGUCUUCCCUUCUGACACACGUAAUGAGAUCGCUAGUAGCAACAUGCUUAGCAAAACAAAUUUUAACUGAUUUAAAAAGUUAGUAUUUAAUAUGAAAUUGAACGGUAUUAGUACAGCUUUCAACGGAUUAGAUCACGUGAUUUCGGCUGCUAGAUUUUAAAUCUUAAGAUCAUUUUAACGUCAGAGGAAUUUUGAGAUGGGAAAUUAUUGUCAAACCUAAAAUCGUGACACAAUCUUAUUGAUUCGAUUGAUGUUCUGAUAAAGUGUCAUUAAAGGAUAAAUCAGAACAGGUGAAAUAGGUGGAAAACAGUUUAACAAUGAGUGGGAUGUAUUACAAACGUGAGGUGAUGCCACCACCUCCAGUUACAUAUGGAUACCGGAAAAUUGCUUCAAGGCAAGAGGAACAUGACAUCACUAACAGACUCAUCAGAUCCACUUAUGAACGCAAAAUAUGGUCUGAAGAAUCCAAGCAAGUGUCGAACUACCAGUAUUUAAUAGAAAACGGAAACAGACGGCGUCCUCCUUCAUCGUGUACACGUACGCCGACGCCUUCAAAUACUAAACGAUACGACUCGAAACGCCUGUCAGAACGGGAUAUGAUCCGAAUGCUCCGAAGACUACUUAAACCGACUGAGAGUAUGUAUAACGCUCAGAUAACUGCAAAGAAGGAGGAGGAACAAGAAUUAAAGGAGGGACGAAUUUGUCGAUCAAAAACUCCGAGUGAAGCCGAAGAGAAGAUACUUCGAAGGGUGCAACGUCCAACAACCGCUUCUCGCGCCAAAAAAAUAAACGACUGUCAUCUUUGUUAUGAACAUGAAAACAAAACAGAAAAUUCGCCUCCCAAUGCAUUUGAUUAUGAAUAUGGGAAUAAUGGUCGAAUUCUAAAACAUGACGAUGUAAAUGAACUCGUGAGACGUGUACGCACGCCAACAUAUUCUUCUGUCGACAAACGGAGAUGUGGCGAUGAACGAAAAUGUCCGAAAACUCCCGUGCAAAUUGACGAAGUGAAAAUACGAGCACAGUUACCGUUAGUGAGUGGACUUUCUCGGACAAAGAAUGUGGAGGAUAUUGUUAAUAGAUUAUAUCCCAAACCUAAAUAUAGAAUUGUCCCAUCAGCUACUCCGUAUACAACUUAUACUUCGGAACCUAUAGAAUGAUAACGAUAUUAAUUAAUUAGAAUAUCCUACCAAACGUGCUCUAUAGACAUGGUGCAAUGUGUUACUUUUUAUUGCUUUUUUGCAUAAUGGUAAUUUUAACGUUGUUUAAACACUGGACUAUAAUGCAUUUAAUUCUAAGACUUUAAACGUUAAAUGUUGAUGUUUAUUUCAGGCUCAUUAUAUAUAUCAGGUUAACUAGUAAAGUUUAUGGUGUAGUACAUAUUUAACACAAAAUAGUUCCUUCGCACCAGUGUAACUUUCAAAAUAUGUAGAAUAUUUAGGUAUUUUUGGUAUCAAAUGAAAGCUGAAGGACUGGUGAUCAUUGUAGAACACUUUUGGACUUUUAGUUUUGAAUAUUAAAAAAACUGCACCAAAUUUUAAAAAGAGGGUACAUUUUGUCUGUUUGUCAGAUCUGAAGUACCAGUUCUUUCUUAUAUGCCAUGCAAGGUAUGUUGAUUUUUUCAGUACAAGACACCAUAAAGUGUUGCUUUGAUAUGCAAUGAUUGCCACUUUAUUUGAACUUAAAAUAAAAGAGGUGUGCCUGUUUGAAACGGAGGAAUUUAACAUAGAAAGCAAUGGUACCAUGAAUUAG